AAUGGAGCGUCAGUGUUAAAUGAUCUAAAAUAGUAGCAUGACUUCUAGGUAGACAUUCAAAAUGAAUUGGUAUUUAUUGAUAAUUACAAAAAUAUUAGUUAUAACAUUAGAUACCAUCAUUAGUCAUCAGAUUUCUCAAAUUCACAAAAUAAAUUACCAGGAUAAUAAUCAUUUUGUAAUGAUACUAUUUGUUAUGAAAAUCAACACGUCCAACCAAAAAUAUGUAUACAGUAUGAAAACAAUUUGGAAAAAAACAGAGAAAAAAUUUAAGCAAUUAAACAAUUGAUAUCAACUUCAAAAAAAUCAAAUCCAUUAGCAAUAAAGAGUUAAAAUAAGUAAUAAAGCAUAAAUGAAUCUAAAAUGAAGAUAGAAAUACCUAAACCUAUUAGGAAUGUUUCUAAUUUUUCUCAUGAUAGUAGACAAUCAACUACAAACAGUUAAACUACUCCAUUAAGAAGUUCUAGUCAUGAUAAAUAACAUAGUUAUAUGUAAAUGUCAAAGAAUUAUAAAUCUCCAUUAAAUAGAUUUAAAAAGAUUAAAUAUUUAGGGAGAGGUAAUAUAAGUGAUGUUUAUUCAGUGAUGUAUAAUUUUAAUAUUAUUAAAAUAUAGAGACACAACAACUGGAAUGAUUGCAGCAUUAAAGACAAUAUAAAAAUCAUUGAUAACCAGUAAAGGUAUUUAAGGAUUAAUUAAAACAGAAAUAGCAAUAUAGAGUUUAAUUAACCAUUAAAAUAUCCUUAAGUGUUAUGGAGUAAUAAAUGAUGAGAAAUAAGUAUAAGAUAUUAUAAUAUAAAAGAUUGCUUUGGUUUUGGAAUUAGGAGAUAUAACAUUAUUUAAUUAUAGAAAAGAAAAAAAGUUAUAUGAGAAAUAAAUAAUUGAUAUAAUAUAUCAAGUUAUAAAAGGAGUCAGUUUUUUGCAUUAAAAUGGGAUUAUUCAUAGAGAUAUCAAGCCUGAAAAUAUUUUAUUGCAAAGUGGAAUAGUAAAAUUAGCAGAUUUAGGAAUUUGUGUUAAAGCAGCAGAAACUAAUUAAUAUUGUGGAACUCUUGGUUACAUGGCUCCAGAAAUAAUGGAUAAAAAAAAAUAUAAUAAUAAAGUAGAUUGUUAUAGUAUUGGUGUUCUAUUGCAUGAGUUAGUAUUUGGAAAACUACCAAAAAUUGGUUAAAGAAUUAAUGGCGAUACAUAACUUAUUAAUUUAAUGAAUUAACUUUUAGAAGUGAAUCCUAAAAACCGUUUGAGUUGUAAAUAAGCAUUGGAAUGUGAUUUAUUCAAGCUUUGUGAAAGAAAGUUAUUGAAAUAGACAGAAAUGAUAAAGAAUACAAUAUUAUGGGAUUGUUGAAG